CUGUAGGUCUACUCAUUACUGCAAUGUUAGAGUAGUGUGAAGCACAGAAAAAAUAGAUAGUUAUCUCAAAGGUAGAGAGAUUAUACUAAAGCAAUGAUGUUGUCAACAAGAAACAAAAUCACGAUAGCUGUUAUCACCAUUAUUCUCCUGCUCAUUAUUGCAGCUGCUAUUUCUGCAACCGUUAUUGUUCUUGUUCUUGGUACACCUAAUAAGCAAGCAUUGAAAAGCACCUCAAUUGACUAUUACAAUGGGUCCUUUAGGAUACUUAAUUUAAACUACACUGAUGAUUAUAAGGAGAGCAGUAGCACUGGAUUUAGAACCCUGUCAACAGAGAUUGAAACCCUUCUUAGAAGCACAUUUGAAAAUUCUGAACUGAAAAAUCAAUACAACCGGUCACAAGUGGUCAGCCUAAACCCUGGAAGUGUGAUACCAACAUUUGUUAUGCUAUUUAACACUGUUAACUCUGCGGGCAGUCGUAGUUUGAAAACUGACUCUGUCCAGAGAAUAUUUAUUGAAAAUUUGAAAAAUACCACUGGAACGCCUUUUAAUAUUGAUGAGAGUUCUCUUCAAAUAUCAGCAAUAUCUGCUGAUGCUGCUAAUAAUCUCAUCUCAAAUGCUUACAGCAGUACUACACCGAGUUAUACUACAGAGGAAUCUUUUACAGGUUGUGGGUUAGCAGGAGUUGGACCAACUAAAAGAAUAGUAGGAGGAACUGCUGCAAAUCUAGGCUCAUGGCCCUGGCAGGCCAGCCUGCGGUUGGAUGGGAGCCAUAAAUGUGGAGCAUCUCUGAUUAGUGACACCUGGCUUGUUACAGCUGCUCACUGUUUUGAUAUGAACAAACAUUUGGACUCAUGGACUGUAGUCCUUGGAACAAUUUCUUCAAGCUCCAAAGUUGGGAUAAGCCUUGAAAAACUUAGAAUUUAUGAAAAUUACACCAGUGAAACACACAGUAAUGAUAUUGCUGUUAUAAAACUGUCUACUCCAGUGAACUUUACAAGAUAUAUUAGGCCAAUAUGUCUACCAGAGAAGUCUGAUUUCUUCCCUGACAACACAACAUGUUAUAUAACUGGAUGGGGAGCUUUAAAAGAAGGAGAAGGGAAAUCUCCAACUCUUCAGCAAGCUGUAGUGAAGAUUAUCAAUAAAGAUACGUGUGGCAGUAACAAGAUGUAUGGAUCACUAAUAAAACCAUCAAUGAUAUGCGCUGGUUAUGAAGAAGGAAAGAUUGACUCAUGUCAGGGAGAUUCUGGAGGGCCUCUUGCAACCAAACAAGAAAAUGGCACAUGGGUUCUUGCAGGAAUUGUCAGCUUUGGAUAUCGAUGCGCCCUACCCAACAAGCCUGGCAUCUAUUCUGAUGUUACCUACCUACGUAAUUGGAUAAGACAACAGACUGAUCUUUAAUGUUGUUAAAUUGAGCUAAUGUUUACAAUAUAGCUAGGUGUGAUUCUUGGUGCUGGCAUCAUGAAUCAUUUAUUUAUGGUAUUAAAUUAACUUAAUGAUAUUGCACAUAUAAAGUAACAUGUGAAGUGAUCACACCCCUGGCCUUCAGAGAAAUCCUUGCAUUAUGUGUGCAUACAAGAAUAUAUUUAUAUGAAAUAAAAUGCACUGUCAAUGCCUCAUGUAGGAUAGCUACCAAGGCUCACAAAUGUAUAGGGACAAAUAAUAUUUAUUAUGGUCUGAUAUGUUCUAUGGAGGUAUAUUUCAGUAGCGGAAUACAUCUGUAUUGAAAGUACAGUUUAAAAAUGGCAGAUAAUAUUUUUAUACCAAUGCAUCUGUUUCCCCACAAGACUUCAGGCUCACCGGAAAUAGGAGUUAAGAAGCAGCAAUCUUAAGACCGCUACUCCUUAACUCCUAUGCCUCCUCUAAAGCUGCGGACAUCAAUUCGCCCGAUCGUGUAUGAUCGGGUUGAUUGACACCCCCCUGCUAGCAGCCGAUUGGCCGCAAAUCUGCAGGGGGUGGCAUUGCACAAACAGUUCCCCAGAACUGCUUGUGCAAUGUUAAAUGUCGGCAUUCAGAGAUAUCUAGCGGACAUGAUCCACUACAUCGGAUCAUGUCCGCCAGACAUUGAUAAGUCGGCCCCUCAAUAUCAUAAACGCAAGGCUAGUGUAUAGUCAUCAGUCAUAAGAUGUCACUAUAAAAAGGGACAUAAUAGUGCAAUAAUAAAAUGCUGCAAUGCUUGCCUCUAACUAUGUGUUUAACCCUAGGAAUGUAGUUAAAUACAUAGUUAACGUCUUCUAAGGCACUGCCAAGCAUUUCCUUUAAGCCAAUAAGAAGCCAUAUAUGUUCAUAAUAGCUAAACACUGGUCAUGUUGUAUUCAGGCCUGACUGGGAAGUACAUCUGCAGCAGGGUAAUAACCAUUUAGUAGAAAACAAAUGUAUAUUUUAUCUCUGUAUAAUCAGUUUCUUUUUCUACUGUGUCAAAUAAUUAUAAAGUAGAUUGAAUGCACUUUUGUAAUAGAAAUAAGUCAAACAUUUGAAUUGUACACUUCUAAUUGCACUUUUUGGAUCAGAACUGACCAACUAUAGCAAUAUAUUAGCAUUGUUAAUGUAUACCUGUCAUACAGGAUUGGUUCUAACUCAUUUAUUGAGUUAACUCUGGGAUAUUGUAUUGUUUCAUAUAAAAGCUUCAUAUUAUUUUUUUUUUUUUUUUUUAAAAAGUUCUAAUUGACAUUUAAGAGUUAUCAAAGUAUAUUGCUAGAAUAAGACUGUGGACCGAUUUAUCAAGCCCCUUAAGGAGCAGUGCAAUGAUAAAUGCUGACAGCGUAUGCUGUCGGCAUUUAUCGAUGCACAGCGGACAUGAUAUGCUACAUCAUAUCAUGACCGCUCGCACUAUGAUAAAUCUACCCCUGUAUGUCUGUGUGAUGGAGAACUUUAAAUCCAAUGAAAAAUGUAUCAUGUGAAGAUUUUUAUGUGUUGUUAAUAUAAUGCUUGUUAUUACUGUUAAUAAAAUGCAUUAUCUGUUGAUGUUAA